GGCAUGGAUUUACAUAUAGGUCUUUUAGUAUAAAUCCCAAGAGAGCCCACAAGUUACAAUCUCUCUCAGCUACCUACUGCUCUCGUCGUCCAUAUGAUUUCAAAAUGCCCACUUGCACGUGAAUCACACGAUUCCAACUCCCACCUAAAAAACAGAUGCACUCACAAUAAUUAACCUCAUCAUCUACCUCUUACGCUGUGUGCUGUUCGGGACCUCCUAGUCCAGCUUGUGAGAGAGGCGGAUCGAGAGUGUGAGAUGUGCGCCGGGACUGCUAUUCACCAGCUCAAACGCACAGACAUCUCCGACUCCGAGCCGAUUAGCUCCGGCGAAGUCCUUCCACCCGAUCCCGAACGACGCCGUCGAGAUCCUAGACGACGUCCCUGGAUCGGUGUUCACUAUGACCUUCACCUUCCACCUCCUGCCGCCGUCAUACUCCCUGCUGAGGAUUGCAUCACCGUCCCUGGCCUUCAUAUGUUCCCUGGCGAAGCUCAUUGGUAUUGACUGC